AUAUAUAUAUAUAUAUAUAUAUAUAUAUAUAUAUAUAUAUAUAUAUAUAUAUAUAUAUAUAUAUAUAUAUAUAUACAUUCUGAUUGCCUACUCCUGAUUUCAUGCUUGUCUGACUCUCGGCACUAUGCAGACCCUGACAUUCACAAUGUCAGCAACAGGCGAAGACGCUGUCCCCGCUCGAUCGUCGCCCAUUGCGGCAUUUCCGCAGGGGACGCCCUAUGCUCGUCAAAGCGUCGAUCGAUCUCCAUGUGCAGCGCAGGGGUUGUUGGGCGUUUCACCGCAGAGCGGUGGUCCGGAGGUCCGGUUAGGGAAAAGGCGACGUGGUAGCGUUUCGCAUGCGACUGCCGGCAUCGUCGGCCCGGGCGUGACACCCAUUUCGCCUUUCGCUGGUGUGUUGGGGGCUUCUCCACCGGGUGUGCCCGCGGUUCGUGACGCAGCCGCGUAUGAAGGCGUGUUUGGUGGUCCGUUGCUGCCAUCCCCACUACUGCCUAGACGGCUGGACUAUGCGGCCACGAUUCCUUCAGCACCUGUAUGGUCACAUGCGCUGACCCCGCCAUGUCCCGCUGGAGGCGCUUCUCUUUCAGGACAUCGCAGCGACGCUUGGCGUUGUCCUACCGUUUCACGUCCACGAGUCGUCGGCGCGGCGGCCGGUUCGUCUCAAUUGCCGCCUCAGUCUUCCUUUGUCGCUCCUGAUUCCACACCUCCGGUUGACGAUGUCGAUAACUCCGAGGCAGUCGGUGGCACGCCGUAUUCGGGCGGCAACAGCAUCGUGCGUGUGUGUGUGCGGGACGCGUGUUGGAGGCGGUUGUACGCUCUCCGCGAUGCUAUGUUCGAUGUGGGUGACCAUCGCGGACCGGUCAGCGACGUUAUUGAUCGGCUGCUCCACUGGUCCUUGCCAGCCAUCUGUGCGGAGUUUGGUGUCAGGGUAGCAGGUGUGAUUUCUUCGUCGUUGCCAUCUCGGGUGUGCGGUCGAGAUUUCACAUUGCGUUAUAUGCCAGGAGAUUCCGGUGCUGACGACGUUCAGGGGGGUUCGCAGGGUUCAGCGAGCGGAGGGUUGGGGGAGUCGCAGGAUGGAUCGCAGAACUCGUUCCUGUCGUCGCGUCGUGCAUCACAACGCAGUGACAGAGGGCGCGGUAGACCCCGCAGCGCGGGUCGGUACACACCGACACCUACCCGGCCGCAGAUGUGGUGGGACAGUUGGGAAGGUGUUGACCAGUGUGGUCCUAGGCCUGAAAUUGACCGUGCCAGUGUUGAGGAGGCGAUGGCAUUGUGGAGUGGACCGACGGCGCCAGAUGUUGUGUUUCUGGAGUCGGUCAAGCUCCUUCAAUUGUUGGCCAUAUUUCAUCUAUAUUGCCCGUGGCACAAGGGUUCGUGUCGUGUGUCUGUGAAGUCCGUCUCCUAUCCAGCGCAGCUCUGUAAGCUGAUGUUCGUAUGCGACAAGAAAUACAAAUGGACGUGGCACAUGGCACACGUGACCACGAACGUCUACCAAUCGCGACUGCAGCAACAACUCUUUCAUGCGACGGUCACCACCGGCCUUACGUUCACGCUCCUUGACAACUUUUGUGUUGGUUUAGGGAUGCACUCAGUGCACAAACCCACGUUCUACAAGUUUAUGCGCACAGAACCGGGGGAGGCGGAGGGGUGGAAUGCCAAGGUCGUACGGCAGGGCAUUAAAUAUUGCAGGCUUGUCAUUGACACUGUGAUGCGUCGUGGUGAGUCAGUGACAUUAAUGGUCGAUGGUCGAUAUGACUCUGCCAGAAGCGCGCAGCAUUGCACUGUCACCGCGAUGGAGUACGAGACUCGGCUUGUUUUUAUGCAGUUCACGAAGAAGCGGCUGAUGGAGGCGUUGGAGCAGCGUUUCAAACCUGGCGUCCUCACACCUAUUGAGGAGCGGAUGAAAAAAUCGAAUUCUGUCGCUGUCGUCAUGCGGAAGAUGUACCCUUACGGAUCGAUGUCGAACGCUCGAGCGUUGGAGACUGAUCCUGACGGCUUGACAUUGUAUCAUGCGCAUGAGGUUGGGAUGUGGUUCCUCCGCGCUUGUCAGCUGUGCAGGGAGGAGGGUGGAGACACCAGCAGUCUACACCGCGACAUCAUGUUGGUCGCCGAUCAUUGGGCUGGUGAUCAUUCGAGAUGUGUCGGCGGUAGGGAGGUUCUGUGCGAGAAGGCCGGUGGGCCUGCACGAUUGCCUUUGUAUAGCCGCACGGACACGGUCUACGAACUCGUUCUACGUGUUCUCGGAAAACAAUGCAGCACUAACAUCACGCCGUACUACGUCGAGUUUCGGCACACAUCGGCGGUUGAGACUUUUCAGGGCACCAUCAUCAUCUAUGCGAAGAAGUCGGUGCAUUUCGGGAAGUCUUACUGUGCGCGUUUGUCGAUCGCCAUGAUUCGGUGGAACAGUCACUGCUGGCGCGACCCAGUCGGGUAUGUUGCUCGCAUAGCUGCGGACACUUCCAUACGUCCGAGACCAGGCUUCCGUCGACACUACGGUCAGGAGGGGAUCGACUCUUGGCAGGACAGGUUAACGGCGUCCGUGUUCGGUUCGGCUCGUGUUUCGGACUGGGUUUGAGAGCUUUUGCGACAUGAGGUUUGUCCUUAUGGAGUCGGGCCAUUGCCGCGCGAUCUGUUCGUCAACGGUGGGGGCGACCCAGUGGAAGUCGUUGAUGAUGAUGCAUCCGGUUCCGACCAUGAAGCGAUGGGGGAUAAAUGUGUUUUCAUCAU